AUGGGGGACGAGCGGACGCGCGCCGCCGACGCGGACGAAGGGGAGGCGCACAGAGACGUAGAUGCCGGCACAGAGGCUGCGGACAGCGGGACCGGGGGUUCGCGGAAGCGGAAACAGACGCACGGCGCGCGGAAGAAGGGCGGAGGGGAGAAGGUCCCCGCGCUGGUGAAACAAGGAGGGCGCGCAGCGGUUGUGGUGGGCGGCGGAGCAAUGGUGGCGGCCGCUGCGGGGUCCUCGCUGCUAGAAUACCAGGUGCAAGCCGUGCUGAGGGACGCGCAUGUGGACCUCGCAGCUGUGAGGCAGAGAGGGAAGGGCGUGGUGGCGGGUGUGGACGGCGCGGUGGAGAAGCUAAGAGAAACACUUAGAGCCAUGCCGGAGGGCGAGCAGGUGGCAGCGGGCGCGGCUCUGCCAUACGUGGAGGCAGUGAUGGGGGCGGAGGGGCCUGUCACAGCAGGCGCGGCUCUGCCGUACGUGGAGGCGCUGGUGGGCGCGGAAGGCCCCCAGAGGCGUGUCAGAAACCCUGCACCCGCCCAUUUCUCCCCACACCUUUCCCCACACCGCCCCAAACCGCCCCAUAUCACUGCAGGUGGCAGUGGGGUGCUGGUGGGGGCGGAGGGCGUGAGGGUCCUGCGAUGCAUGCUAGAGCGCCUGCAACCAUCCGUUUCCCCCUCCUCCACCGCCCAACACCGGCCCCCACAUUCCUCUCUUUGUCAGCUGCAGGUGACAGCGGACGCGGCUCUGCCGUACGUGGAGGCGCUAGUGGGGGCGGAGGGCGUGAGGAGCCUCGCCUUCACCUUCCACCGCCCGUCGCACGUGCACGUUGUCGGCAGCUUCGCCCACUGCACCGCUCAUGCUCAUUCACACCCUGCAUCGCACACACAUGCUGGUGGUGCUGGUGGUGCUGGUGGUGAUGGGGGAGAGAGCGGGGAGGGCGGGGCAGCGGGUGUGGGGAGUGUGACAAGGCCGUGUACGCAUGUGGACGUGGCUGUGGAGAUGCCUCAGGCGUGCUUCCGGGAAAAGGACAUCUUGAACCACCGCUACUUCGCCAGGCGGGCGCUGUACCUCGCCACGCUGGCACGCCACCUGGUGCAAUGCAAUUGGGUGGUAGCAGUGGAGUGGAGCACUCUGAGGGAUGACGUGUGCAAACCCAUCCUCCUUAUCAUCCCCCGGGCGUGCAAGAGCUGGCCGCUGCGUCUGCUGCCGUGCCUGUCGCCCGCCACCUUCCCCGCCCGCAAGCUCGCCCCCUCACGCAACAACGUGCGCCAAGCUGCUUCUGCUGGUUGGUCUGCGAAGCCAGGUCCGCACUGCAGGUGGGUCUGCGAAGCCAGGUCCGCACUGCAGGUGGGUCUGCCAAGCCAGGUCUGCACUGCAGGUGGGUCUGCCAAGCCACGUCCGCACUGCAGGUGGGUGUGCCAAGCCACGUCCGCACUACAGGUGGGUCUGCCAAGCCACGUCCGCACUGCAGGUGGGUGUGCCAAGCCACGUCCGCACUGCAGGUGGGUCUGCCAAGCCACGUCUGCACUGCAUGUGGGCUCGUGGUCCCCCCCAGUCCGGCCUUCCUCCCUGCCGCAUGCUCACGUGUUCACGUGUGGGCUUGCUAAGCCGCGUCUGCAGGUGGGGGCGGGGGAGGGGCUUCCAUGCUGCCGGGGGCGGGGGAGGGGCUUCCAUGCUGCCGGGGGCGGGGGAGGGGCUUCCAUGCUGCCGGGGGCGGGGCAGGGGCUUCCAUGCUGCCGGGGGCGGGGCAGGGGCUUCCAUGCUGCCGGGGGCGGGGCAGGGGCUUCCAUGCUGCCGGGGGCGGGGGAGGGGCUUCCAUGCUGCCGGGGGCGGGGGAGGGGCUUCCAUGCUGCCGGGGGCGGGGGAGGGGCUUCCAUGCUGCCGGGGGCGGGGGAGGGGCUUCCAUGCUGCCGGGGGCGGGGGAGGGGCUUCCAUGCUGCCGGGGGCGGGGGAGGGGCUUCCAUGCUGCCGGGGGCGGGGGCAGGGGCUUCCAUGCUGCCGGGGGCGGGGCAGGGGCUUCCAUGCUGCCGGGGGCGGGGCAGGGGCUUCCAUGCUGCCGGGGGCGGGGGAGGGGCUUCCAUGCUGCCGGGGGCGGGGGAGGGGCUUCCAUGCUGCCGGGGGCGGGGGAGGGGCUUCCAUGCUGCCGGGGGCGGGGGAGGGGCUUCCAUGCUGCCGGGGGCGGGGGAGGGGCUUCCAUGCUGCCGGGGGCGGGGGAGGGGCUUCCAUGCUGCCGGGGGCGGGGCAGGGGCUUCCAUGCUGCCGGGGGCGGGGCAGGGGCUUCCAUGCUGCCGGGGGCGGGGCAGGGGCUUCCAUGCUGCCGGGGGCGGGGCAGGGGCUUCCAUGCUGCCGGGGGCGGGGCAGGGGCUUCCAUGCUGCCGGGGGCGGGGCAGGGGCUUCCAUGCUGCCGGGGGCGGGGCAGGGGCUUCCAUGCUGCCGGGGGCGGGGCAGGGGCUUCCAUGCUGCCGGGGGCGGGGCAGGGGCUUCCAUGCUGCCGGGGGCGGGCAGGGGCUUCCAUGCUGCCGGGGGCGGGGCAGGGGCUUCCAUGCUGCCGGGGGCGGGGCAGGGGCUUCCAUGCUGCCGGGGGCGGGGCAGGGGCUUCCAUGCUGCCGGGGGCGGGGCAGGGGCUUCCAUGCUGCCGGGGGCGGGGCAGGGGCUUCCAUGCUGCCGGGGGCGGGGCAGGGGCUUCCAUGCUGCCGGGGGCGGGGCAGGGGCUUCCAUGCUGCCGGGGGCGGGGCAGGGGCUUCCAUGCUGCCGGGGGCGGGGCAGGGGCUUCCAUGCUGCCGGGGGCGGGGCAGGGGCUUCCAUGCUGCCGGGGGCGGGGCAGGGGCUUCCAUGCUGCCGGGGGCGGGGCAGGGGCUUCCAUGCUGCCGGGGGCGGGGCAGGGGCUUCCAUGCUGCCGGGGGCGGGGCAGGGGCUUCCAUGCUGCCGGGGGCGGGGCAGGGGCUUCCAUGCUGCCGGGGGCGGGGGCAGGGGCUUCCAUGCUGCCGGGGGCGGGGCAGGGGCUUCCAUGCUGCCGGGGGCGGGGCAGGGGCUUCCAUGCUGCCGGGGGCGGGGCAGGGGCUUCCAUGCUGCCGGGGGCGGGGCAGGGGCUUCCAUGCUGCCGGGGGCGGGGCAGGGGCUUCCAUGCUGCCGGGGGCGGGGCAGGGGCUUCCAUGCUGCCGGGGGCGGGGCAGGGGCUUCCAUGCUGGCGCCGGGGGGGCGGGGCAGGGGCUUCCAUGCUGCCGGGGGCGGGGCAGGGGCUUCCAUGCUGCCGGGGGCGGGGCAGGGGCUUCCAUGCUGCCGGGGGCGGGGCAGGGGCUUCCAUGCUGCCGGGGGCGGGGCAGGGGCUUCCAUGCUGCCGGGGGCGGGGCAGGGGCUUCCAUGCUGCCGGGGGCGGGGCAGGGGCUUCCAUGCUGCCGGGGGCGGGGCAGGGGCUUCCAUGCUGCCGGGGGCGGGGCAGGGGCUUCCAUGCUGCCGGGGGCGGGGCAGGGGCUUCCAUGCUGCCGGGGGCGGGGCAGGGGCUUCCAUGCUGCCGGGGGCGGGGGAGGGGCUUCCAUGCUGCCGGGGGCGGGGGAGGGGCUUCCAUGCUGCCGGGGGCGGGGGAGGGGCUUCCAUGCUGCCGGGGGCGGGGGAGGGGCUUCCAUGCUGCCGAGGGGCGGGGGAGGGGCUUCCAUACGCCAUUGCUGCCACUUUUUCCCAACCAAGUACCAUGCGCUCUUCCCAUCCCAUCCCACACAUGGCAUGACAGGAGGCGAGCUGAUGGCAACACCACGCUACAACAUGGGUGUGCUGGAGGAUGGCACUCACACGGCCACCCAUCACCUCGUCUCACAUGCCAUCAACCUCGUGCCCGCCCUGCCCCAUGCUCUCGUGCUGCUCAAGGUGACUGGCUGA